AAAUGUCCACAGGUGUGCCUUCAGGAAGUUCAAGAGCUGCCUCUGGCAGUAACCGCAGACUCCAGCAGACACAGAAUCAAGUAGAUGAGGUGGUUGAUAUCAUGAGAGUCAACGUGGACAAGGUGUUAGAAAGAGAUGAGAAGCUCUCAGAGCUAGAUGACCGCGCAGAUGCACUGCAGGCAGGCACUUCUCAGUUUGAAACAAGUCCUGCCAAGCUGAAGAGAAAGUACUAGUGGAAGAUGUGGGCGAUAGGGGUCGGUGUCCUGGUGAUUGUUGUCAUCAUCAUUAUUGUGUGGUAUGUCUCUUAA